AUGCCUAGCACCACUGACGAGAAAAAGAGUUCUGGCACCGAAAUCGGUCAUUCUUCAGCACCACCAAAGACCCGAUGCGCUGAAUACUAUGCGAUCAGUCAACCAAGGGGCCGUGCGAUCGCGAAUGACCAUUCAUGUCUACCACUUAUCUCUUUCCAGCCGAAGCUGUCUUUUCAAAUCAACCAAUCUACCUGCUGGAAUAAAAGCUCCGUCUUCCCAAUCUUCAAUAUAUGGCGUCCUGGAUAUUUUGGUACUUCCCUUACACAACUGGGGCCUGACCCUGUCAAGCUCAAAAUCAAGAACGACUUCAUCGUGACAGAAUACGAAGAGGACAUGGAGGCUUUGAAGACUAGCGAUACAGAUACGAUAUCCUUCAGCACAAAUGCCUUAGUGGCCGGUAUCGACGUCGACCCACCUCCCUGGCUUGGUUGUAGUGUGUGUAACUGCCACCGAGGAUAUGUGUUCUUGCCAAAUGGCGAGCGAUGGAGAUGGAUUGAAAUUGACAGCGAGCACUAUCAAUUUGAGCGCGAAGAUGAUAGCCAAAAUCAAAAUGUCUCAUCGAGAACUUUGAUAUGGCAGUUCCAGAGCACUGGAAAUCUUUCGAAAGAUCUCCAAAAAGACUUGCCAUUUGCUGUGAAUCGCGAUACUCGAAUUUGCCGGGUCAGCGAAUUUGGCUCAUUCGUCGAACCGCUUGAGGCUGGAAGUCCUGUCGCCGUGAUGAAUCGGGACGGGAUUAUUUUCUUUGAUGGGGUGGGGUCGAAGAUGGCUGACAUCCAGACUGAGGAUAACCGAGCUUUGAUUCUUAUGUCCGGGUUUGCGAUUGCGCAGUAUGAAGGCUGGCUAGGAAAGUGA